AUGCCGUCCAACGCAGCACCUGCUGCGGCACCGGCAGCCGAUGGUGCCCAGCGCACCGACUGGAAGCGCACGCUCGGGCGCGCGCUCAUCAUGUACAUUGGCGUCAAUGCUGUCACCAACCCCAAAUCGCCCGUUGCCGGCUACAUCAACAAGCUCAUGGGUCGCGAGUUCAGCGCGCCUACGCCUGCUGCCUCUUCCGCACCCGACUCAACAUCGAUCGCUGCUGGUCUCACGCCGUCCUCGGCAGUGGCGGGGAUGCAAGUGCCCGAAGCAGCGCCGGUGAAGGGCCCGGCCAACGUCGCUUUGCCCGCGUGGAGCGACGAUGCGCAGCUCGACUUCUAUGUCUUUCUCUCUUCGAGCGUCGCGCCGGACGAGAAGCUGGUGCGAACGCAGGCGUCGGAUCUGCUACCGGAUAGCGGCCUUGAAUUGGCGCCGCCCAUUCCCUUCGAUGCGUUCACAGAUCUGCUGCAAGAUCCGCUGCACGAGAGCAGGCGGGAAGAGGCCAUCGCCUACCCUUCGAAGAAGGCAAAGGGCGAGCUGAAACCCUUGGCAGCGGUCAAAUGGUCGAACAUCCGCCUGGACGAUCUUGGUCUGUCAAAGGAUGUCGAUCUGACGUUGCCGCUGGACGACGUGGCGAGAAGGCACAACGGGAGUAUUUGGGCUGACUUUGUUGUCGCUCAGGCGGGUGUUUCGCCGAACCCGCAGGAUGGGACGCAUCAGCCGCUCGCAGCUUUCAGAACGAGGAAGUUGCUGACGAGGCUGAUGCCCUUGAAGCGCAAGCGCAAGGAGAAGAACCUGUUCGACAAGGCCAAUGCCACCCUCUCUUCCACUGAAACGGUUGCAGAAGAAGAGGAAGAGGAGGAGAAAGUCAAGAUCGUCGGCCACUGGCACUCCAAUCUAACCCUCGCGUUGGUGCAGGACAAGGGCGAUGCUGGAAUCCAACUCUCUCAACUUCCGCCCGCGCUGCUGCAGCACGUCAACGUCGUCCGCGAACCCUCGACGCGCAAGAUGGUGGUUGCCCCACCUCCGGCCGACGCCCAAGCGAAAGCGGCCCUCGAAGCGCAGUACGCGGCGGGUCGACCACCCAACGUCCUCCGCUACCCCACUGUCUUCCCAAACGACUUCUGGCUGCUCAAAGACCACAUGUACCCCCUCAACGAAACCGUCUCCGAGGUCCAACUCCAUAUCCGACUCUACCACCAGAGCUGGUUCAAGUUCCAAACGCUCGCUGCGCUUUCCGAUAGCUUUGACAAGCAGGCCAGUGCGACGGGGAGCGAGAUCGACAUGUUCAAGACGAUGUUGCUCGAGACGAACCCUUGGUUUUUGGCAUUGACGAUCAUCGUGUCCAUCCUGCAUAGCGUGUUCGAGUUCCUCGCGUUCUCCAGCGACGUGAGGCAUUGGAAGAACAAGGAUGAUCUGGCGGGCGUCAGUGUGGGGAGCAUCGUCACCAACGUCGUGGUGCAGCUCAUUAUCACGCUGUAUCUGUUGGACAAUAACGAGGAUACGAGCUGGAUGAUUCUGGCGGGGCAGGCGGUGGGCGUGCUGGUGGAGUGUUGGAAGCUCACCAAAGCUGUUACUGUCGGUAUCGUCGCUGCUCCUGCCGGCUCAUGGGUGCCGUAUCGCCUCAAGAUCUCGGACAAGCACGUGUUAUCGGAGGAAGAGCGAAAGACGCAGGAGUUCGAUCGACUCGCGUUCAAGUACACCGGUCUCGCCCUCGGCCCCGUUCUCGUGGGCUACACCAUCUACUCGGCCCUCUACCAAACCCACCGUGGCUGGUGGAGCUUCACCAUCACCACCGCCACUUCGUUCGUCUACGCCUUCGGCUUCGUCAGCCUCAUUCCGCAGUUGAUUGUCAACUACAAGCUCAAGAGCACUGCGGGCAUGAACAGCAAGACGUUCGUGUACAAGAUCCUGGGUACGUUUGUCGAUGACAUGUUUGCGUUUUGCAUCAAGAUGCCGACCCUGCACAGGCUGGCGUGCUUUAGGGACGAUGUGGUGUUCUUCAUUGCGCUGUACCAAAGGUGGAUUUACGGGGUGGAUCCGACGCGAAGGAACGAGUUCGGGCAGGUGUUGGAGAAGGGCGAGAAGGAGGGGAAGAAGGGGGAUGGCGAGACGGAGGUAGAGAAGGAGACGGGAGCAAAGAGCUCGGCGUUGGAGGACAAGACGGCCGGUCUCAAGUCGAGAGCCAAGGAGGUGGCCAAGUAG